AUGCAGUCAGACUCAGAGGUGCUAAUAGUGGUUCCCCGGUUACGUGCGUCACGACCCGGUCUCUACUUCUUCCAGACGAACAAAGGAAAUGAACUUUGUAGCGCCACUUCUUUUGCGAGCUCUUUUUUUUUGUCUGAUGAGAUAUUUUCUUCGAUUUGCUGCGCAGAGCUGCUGUGCUUUUUAAAUCUCUACGAUGUUUUUGCGACGCAUUCGAUUUUUGGUAAUCGCAAAUCUCGUGCAGGUGCACGCCCACGAGAACAACUUUUCGUGUCUCCUAUUCUCUUCAAAGAAAAAGUCUUCCGAACUGCCUGUAAGAUUGACUAACUGCUGCUCCGUGCCUCGUCAAACUUUAAAUACAAUGCAAUUCCUUACUGAAACUGAACGUGAACCAGGAUAAAGUGUCUCUUCUUGAACAAGUCAUGAAAUUGUUUCCGAUGGUUAGAAGAGUUGUCUUCAAACGGUGCGUCAGGAGAAAAGACCGCUGGAACUACGAGCGGUGGAAAGUUGAAGUACUCAUGAUUUGUGCCCCUCGCGUUUCUGGUGUUCGAGGAAUUUGUGUGUCUGUCAAACGUUCUGGUGCAUAAAAA